AUGGCUGCUGGCCGACCGAGCGACGGAAAGGAGCGAUGGUGGCAGCAGCAGCAGCAGCAGCAGCAGCUCCCGCGUCCCGAGCCCGCCCGCGUGCCCUCGGCCGCCCCAGAGCCCAAGGAAAAGCCCAAGGAGAAGGAGUCCAAGGGCAUGUUCCGACGCAUGCUCUCUGGCGCCGCCGGCCACUCGUCCGACAAGGACAAGGACAAGGACAAGGCGCACCACGCCGACGCCGUGGGCAGUCCGGGCCGCGAGCGUCCGUCGCCGCGCACCGCGGCGAGCGCUCAGGGCAGCGGCCACAUCUCGCCCAUGCGCUCGCCCUCGCUCAGCCGCGGCUCCACGCCGCCGCUCAGCCCGCGCAACGAGAUGGACGAAGCGGCGCUGGCGUCGCAAUACCAGGCCAUGAACCUCACUAGCCCGCCCUCGAGCCAGCCGCCCAGCCGCAACGUCUCGAUCAAGCGCAAGGACAGCAGCUCCGCCGCCAACGCCGGCGAGGACGGCGCCACCGAAGGCAGCAGCCGCCUCACCGUCGCCGCGCUGCGCGACUGGGACGCCAAGGGCAAGCCGGACAAGCCGAGCUCCGGCAGCAAAAAGUCGGACCGCGGCAAGGACGGCGAUGCCAAGUCCACCGCGAGCUCGACGCUGCGCGACAUGAUCAUGGGCAGCGCGCCCAAGCUGAGCCGGCGCGGCUCGAGCGCCAGCCACGGCAACAAGUCCGACGGCGGCUCCAAGAAGGGCGGCAGCACCGCGGGCGGCGAGACGGCGAGUCUGCUCAAAAAGUACGGCGUGUGCGAAAAGGCGGCGAUCGGCAAGGGUGCGACGGCGGUGGUGAGGCUGGCGCACAAGUGGGACCGAUCCACCGAGAAGCUGUAUGCGGUCAAGGAGUUCCGCAAGCGCCGCAAGAACGAGACGGAGAAGGAGUACGUCAAGAAGCUCACGUCCGAGUUCUGCAUCUCGUCGACGCUGCACCACAUCAACAUUGUCGAGACGGUGGAUCUGGUGCAGGACGAGAACCGGCACUGGUGCGAGGUGAUGGAGUACUGUCCUGGCGGCGAUCUGUACGCGGCGAUCAAGCGCGGCGGGAUGAGUCAGGCCGAGGUGGAGUGUUCGUUCAAGCAGAUCCUCAACGGCAUUGCGUACCUGCACUCCAUGGGGGUUGCGCACCGCGACAUCAAGCCGGAGAAUCUGCUGCUGGACGGACAUGGCCACAUCAAGAUCACCGAUUUCGGCGUGUCGGAUGUGUUUAGGAUGUGCUGGGAAAAGUCGACGCACUACUCCAAGGGGUUGUGUGGAUCCGAGCCGUACAUUGCGCCGGAGCAGUUCGAGAAGAAGGAGUACGAUGCGCGCCUCGUGGAUGUAUGGGCGGCCGCGGUGGUGUUUUACUGCAUGCAGUUCCAGGAGCUCCCCUGGAGGGUGGCCAAGAUGUCGGAUCCGACGUUCAAGGAGUACGUCCAGUCGUACGCCACCAGCCCGGCACCGAGUCCGCUGUCGAACCUCAGUCCGAGAGAGUGCCGGCCGCUGCUCAAGAAGAUGCUGUGUCCGGAUCCAAAGGGCAGGUGGACGAUGGACGAGGUGCUCAAGGAUUCGUGGCUCGUCAGUGUGCCUGUCUGCGAAGAGGGAAGGCAGAACGAUCAUACCCACUCGGCUGCACCCAGCAUGGCCUAG